CAAUGAAGUGUGCGUUAGGUCUUCUGGUAACGCUGCUUGCAGUAUGUUCUGCACAAGUGCCAAACCUUGGAUGGUGUCCAGACUACGUGCCCAUGUCCAAUUUCGACAUGGAGAGGUUUUUGGGCAAAUGGUACGAAUCUGAGAGAUAUUUCCAAUUUUCCGAACUGGGUACCAGAUGCGUUGUGUCCGAUUAUGCGAAAUCCGCCACUGGAAAAAUCUACGUGUCCAAUGAAGUCACUAGCAGAAUAACUGGAGUGAAGAGAGUGUUGAGCGGAGAUCUCGAACUGGCAGGUCGAGCUGGCGAGGGAAAAAUAAAAGUACGUUACCAAACAACCCCAAUCAGCACCACCAGCACACUCAGCGUCUUAGACACAGACUACGAUAAUUAUGCCGUCCUAUGGAGUUGCAGCAAUUAUGGACCAAUCUACACUCAAAACGCUUGGGUGAUGACCAGGGAACGCCAGCCACCAGGUCCAGUCAUGCAAAAAGCCUACGGCGUCUUGGACAGGUACAAGAUCAGCAGGACCUUCUUCCAGAGGACAGAACAAGAGGGUUGUCUCGUUGCCGCCUCCGAAAUCAACGCAUCCCAAGGGUGGGUCAGCGAAGCCAGUCAGACAGUCGAAACGGGCGCUGCCAAAUCAGCCACCCCAACCCUGGAAGACAGAAUCGACGUAGACGUGGAGAAACAACCCGAAGUGGAAAAAUUGGAGGAACCCCCAAAGAAACAAGAAGCCGAAAAAAAGCCCCUGAAUGUUGCGGAACAGAUCCUGAAGAACGCCGAAUCGACCGACAAGAAAGAAGAACAAACUGUUAAAGGCCAAAGCGAAGCGAAAGCGAGACAACUAAACGUGGUCAUGUCUUCGAUUAUCCUACUGUUAUGCAUUUAUGCUGUUCAAGCCCAAGUACCUUUUGGGGGUCUAUGCCCCAAUGUAAAAAGCAUGGAGGGUUUCCAAGUGGACAAAUAUUUGGGGAAAUGGUAUGAAGCUGAACGUUAUUUUGCAAUAUUCCAAUUUGGGGGUAGAUGUGUAACAGCGGAAUAUUCUCUAAAUAGCGAUGGAACUGUAACAGUCAAUAAUAAACAAACCAGUUCGCUAACUGGAACACGAUCUGGGAUCAUGGGAGUGGCAAAUAUUGUGGGAAGGCCAGACGAGGGAAAAUUAAGUGUUAGAUUUCCUUCUUUGCCAGUCCAAUUCGAUGCUCCAUACUGGAUAUUAUCCACAGACUAUGACAAUUAUUCCGUAGUUUGGUCUUGUGUGAAUUUUGGAUUGCUUAAUACGAGAAACCUUUGGAUCCUUACAAGAAAUAGAAAUCCAAGUCCAGAAGUUAUAAAAAAGGUCUAUAGCAUCUUGGACAAGAUGGGCAUUGACAAAACUAUAUUAAUGAAAACUGAUCAGCAAAAUUGUUCAGAUGUUUCUUGGGCCAGGAAAGAAUCGAGAGACAAACACAAAGAUGUUAGUAAUAGUUGAGUAUUGUAUAAGGACAAUACAAUACAAUGGCAAAGUAAAGAGUUUGUAUAAGGAUUUUCACAUGUGAACAAAUUUUGUAAAUAUAUUCAUUGUGAAAUAAU